AAGAUGCUGGCUGUGACCGUGCUAGUUUGUUCCAUGAUGGCGCUGAGUGAAGCUGCUGCUCGUCCAGAAGCAGAGGCUGGAAAUGUGAUUGCACCUGUAAUUCAAGAGGGAAAGAGCCCCGUGGUCCAAAGGCUCACUUCCUGUCCCAGUGGUUGGACUGGUUACAAAGGCAGCUGUUUCCACUAUAUUCCAACUGCCAUGACUUGGGCUAGAGCUGAGAAAAACUGUCAGUCCAUGGGGGCAAACCUUGCCUCAGUGCACAGCGCUGAGGAGUAUCAUGAACUCCAAAGGAUGAUAGUGUCAAUCACUCAUGCAUAUCGAGAAACAUGGAUUGGAGGAUCUGAUGCACAAGAGGAGGGUGUUUGGUUGUGGAGUGAUGGUUCAUCUUUCAACUAUCGGCACUGCGGAGGGUUUGAUAACUGGGGAGGCAAGCAGCACUGUUUGCAAAUGAAUUAUGGAGGUCAAAAGUGCUGGGAUGACUGUCAGUGCUCCUAUAAAAGACCAUUUGUCUGUGCCAAAAAAAUCUGAGGAUUCCUGUGCUGACACAGAGCCACGAAGACAUCUGUCUUUGUACCAUCAGUCUCACAUCGAGCUGAUGUUUCUUUAUUUACUUUCAUAGCUUUAACGCUGUAACACUGUUUAAGGAACGAAGCGACAAGCAACAUAAACUGGAGCUGGACUGUCUCUUGUGUCUUUAAUGAGAGCAGAUUGUGUUAUGAAAAGAAUGCUUUAAGCACAACCUUACAUAUAUUCUGCAGAGUGAACUGAUAUUUCUUUAUGCAACAAUAAAAGGCAUUGGAACAA